CUGAUAUCAACCAGUCCAGGCCCGUUGUUAUCAGCAUCGCAUCUCACAACAAAUCCGUGUCUAGCAGUAAAACCAGACGACACAACCCGCCCAUGGAGCCCUCGCCCUCCCCCCGGCCCUUCUCGGCCGCCGCCGCCGCCUCCCGCUGUGAGGCCGUGGCCUCCCGCAUAGUCGCCACCUGCGCCGACAUGGACGAGACGCUGCGGGCCGGCGACGACGACGCCAACGCGCGGCCCUACCACCCGCAUCUGGCCCUGCUGGCCGAUGAGAUGCGUACCUUUGGCGCCGCCGCCGACGGCCUGACCGCCGCCGUGCCGCUGGCGGCCGUCAUCGCCCCCGCGCUGCAGGCCGCCCUAGCGCGCAGCCUCGACGAGGCCGAGACGGCCUGGGCCGUCGCCGAUAAGCAACUGCGUCGCCUGCGCGACUUGGACGCCUGCGCCUGUAGCCCCGACCCGGCCGUGCUCGAGGACUACGAAAUGCUGCUGCAGGCCGGCAUGGCCGCCUACGAGCUGUUCUGCGAGCUGCUGGACGUGCCCGACGCCGUGCGCCAAACGGCCGCGCUCAACGACGCGCCCGCCCGGCGUCUGCUGGCUAGCUUUUCCGAGACGUGUCAAGUCGUGCUGCGGCGGAGGGAGUUACUCGUCGCCAAGGACGCACACCCACAGGACAUACCCCCGCCUCCGGUAUCACCACUAUCGCCGUCGUCAUCAGCCGAGCCCAGCACCUCGCCUAGCACCUCGCCCACCGCCAUCGCCGGGCCGACAGUAAAGCUAACCAAGACCAAAAGCGGCGGCGUCGGCGGGGCUGGCUUCCUCAACGGGCUCUCGCAGUCGUUCCAGGCCAUGACGGCCAACUUCCGCUACAAGCCCGAGCCGCUCGUGUCGGCGCUGUGCCAGUCGGCGUCCCGCGGCGACCUGCAGCAGGUCAAGGGCUUCGUCGAGCAGGGCGCCAACGUCGACGGGCGCAACGAGCACAAGCGCACGCCGCUCAUCUGCGCCAUCGCCGAGCAGCACGCCGCCACGGCGCGGUGGCUGGUCGAGCAGGCCGGCGCCAACGUGCGCGCCAAGGACGGCGGCAGCAAGGGCAGGCCGCCGCUCUUCCACGCCGCCGCCGCCGGCAGCGCCGAGCUGGUGGCGCUGCUGCACGCGCGCGGCGCCGACGUCAACGAGCGCAGCAGCAUGGGGGAGCCGUACUUUAUGGGCGUCGUGCAGGGCGGGAACGCGGCCAUGGUGCGCAUGCUGCUCGAGCGCGGCUGCGACGCCAACACGCGCGACGUGCUGGGCCGCCCUGUGCUCAUCGAGGCCCUCGCCGCCGCCAACCUCGACCUCGCCGCCGCCCUGUUGACGCACCACGCCGACCCCAACGUCCGCGAACCCCUAACCACCCAAACCGCCCUCCACGUCGCCGCCGCCCACCAGAACCCGGAGCGCGUCGUCGACCUGGUGCGCCUCCUCCUCGACCACGGCGCCGACGCCAACGCGCGCGACGGCACGGGCGAGCCCCUCGUCCUGGCCGCCGCGGUCAAGGACCGGCGCGAGCUGUUCCGCCUCCUCAUCUCGCGCGGCGCCGACCCCAACGCGCGCGACAUCUACGGCCGCACCAUGCUGCAGCUCCUCGUGCGGCGGCGGCAGCAGCAGCAGCAGCAGCACAACAACAGCCUGGACCUCGUGCGCGCCCUGCUCGAGCACGGCGCCAGCCCGAACCAGCUGCUCGACUCGACCACUACGGGCGAUGGCGGCGAAACGCUGCUGCUGCACGCCGUGGGCGCGCGCGACCGCGCCUUUGCCGCCCUGCUGCUGCGCCACGGCGCCGACCCCAACGCGCGCGACCGCGACGGCCGCUCGCCGCUGAUGCAGGCCCUGCGCGGCGCCCAGCCCGACGCCGGCUCCAAUUCUGGUUCCGGCUUCGACGACCCGGACGCCAUGGUGCGCCUGCUGGUCGAGCACGGCGCCAACCCCAACGCCGAGGCGCUGUGCUCACCGCUGGACUUUGCCGCUGCUGCCGGUCGGGCCCAUGUGGUGCAGCUGCUGCGGUCACACGGCGCCGUGGCGGCCGCCGCCCCUGAUCCGCUGCUGUCCUCAUCGCCGUCUGCUGCUUCGCUGGUGCUGUCGCCCGCCAUCGGAGGGGGCCCCAGCCCGGGGGCGAGUCCGCGGCCGGCGUCGGCGGUGGCUGCGGCGCCGCGCAUGACGGUCGAGCCCGAAGAGGAGCUGCCGCCAGACUAUGACAGCAUAGAAGUGAGGAAGUCGGGGCCUGGUGUGGUCUAGUAGGAUAUUUUAAGGGGAGUGGGGAAGGCGUUUGGUUUGUUCCUUUUUUGAACUUGGUACUUCUCUCACAAAUAUAUCUCAUGUAAUCGACA